AAAAGGUAGAGCCGACUCAAAGAGCUCUUCUUAACUCACACAACAACCAACACAAACAAAAAAGAAAUUAAAUAGUGAUAUUAUGACUUGCAGCCAAACACUCGGAAACAACAACGCCAACAAAUACCAGAUCUGCGAGGAGAUCGGCCGUGGCCGUUUCGGCACCGUCACUCGCGUCUACGCUCCGGCCACCGGUGAUUUCUUCGCUUGCAAAACCAUCGACAAGGCCUCCCUCUCUGACGACCUUGACCGCGCCUGUCUCGAUAACGAGCCUAAGCUCAUGGCUCUCUUGUCCUAUCACCCUAACAUCGUCCAAAUCCAUGAUCUCAUCGACACUGAUUCGACUCUCUCCAUUUUCAUGGAGCUAGUCGAUCCCUCUGUGUCGAUCUACGACCGUCUGGUUUCUUCUGGAACCUUCUCUGAGUCUCAGACGGCGUCGUUCGCUAAACAGAUUCUCCAGGCGCUUUCGCAUUGUCACCGAUACGGCGUCGUUCACAGGGAUAUUAAACCGGAGAACAUUUUGGUAGAUCUACGAAACGAUACGGUUAAGAUCUGCGAUUUUGGUUCAGGGAUUUGGUUAGGUGAGGGAGAGACCACCGAAGGAGUCGUUGGAACGCCGUAUUACGUGGCGCCAGAGGUUUUAAUGGGAUGUUCUUACGGCGAGAAGGUCGAUAUCUGGAGCGCCGGCGUCGUUUUAUACACGAUGCUCGCUGGAACUCCACCGUUUUACGGGGAGACGGCGGAGGAGAUAUUCGAAGCGGUACUCAGAGGAAACCUCCGAUUUCCGACAAAGAUAUUCCGGGGAGUUUCAUCGAUGGCUAAAGAUUUCCUAAGGAAGUUGAUAUGCAAAGAUGCUUCUAGAAGAUUCUCAGCCGAACAAGCAUUAAGGCACCCAUGGAUCCAAAGAGCAGGAGAAACAGAGGAGAGAUUCAUGUAGAAGAAUCUCUGGGAGAAUAAAUAAGUGAUAAGCUUAUCUCUCUCGGUGGGCUUAUUAUCUAACAAGUAUGGGGCAGUGUGCCGGGCAUGUAAAUUUGGCUUUGGGCAUUGUAGAUUCCGCCAACCUACCAACCUAGUAGAAGAGAAGACUCUGGAAAAGACUUUAACAAAAAAAAAAAAAGGAGCUAAAUAAUAAGAAGCUUGUUUGUUGUGGCUGCUUCUGAGUUUGGCGAUGAGUUUUUUUUUUCUUUUUUUUUGUUGCUUAUGUGAAUUUUGCUUGGCUUUGAAAAGUCUUUAGGGUAGUAGGGACGGUAAUGUAGAGGAUAACUAUCUUUUUCCGCCUUUUACGGGUUUUUUUUUUCCAUGUGGGUGAGUAAAAGGAUGUGAGAAAGCAGAGUUGUACUCCUUUUUCUGCUUUUUUUAUCAAUAAAUAAGUUUAUGUUAUCCCUAA